AUGGAGGAUACUUUAGCAUGGCAUUAUGACUCCAAAGGAAUUUUCUCGGUGAAAACAGCUUUCAGAGUUUUCUGUGACGAUGACAAUCGCAACAGCAAACAUGACUCAGCAGCGUCUAGUUCAAGAUGUGGGGGCGAAACUAAAAAGGUGUGGAGCAUGAUCUUGACUAUGCAAGCAUCGAGUAGACUGGAACACUUCUUAUGGCGCUUAGCUCAUAAUUCUUUGGCUUUGCGCUCAAACCUGAAACGCAGAGGCGUCAAGGUUGAUGAUGAUCGCUGCAUUAUGUGUAAUAGAGCGGGCGAGGAUGGUGGUCAUCUUUUUCUGAAGUGUAAGUGUGUCAAAGCGCUGUGGAGAAGUGCAGGACUGGAGUUUGUACGCAAGCUGAUGGCUGAGUGUUGUACUACGAUGGAGGUGGUAGAGAAGAUGUUGACAAUAGAUGACGAGCUACAGUUGAAAACAGCUCUUCUAAACCAAGUCAGAGAAGGAGAAAAGAGAAGAUUGGCUGAUGAAAUUGCAGGCUUCUGUGGGAGGCAAGCAGCAGAAAUCAACAACUUGCAGCGGAUUACUGCUGAAGAUACAUGA